AGAGGAGAGUCCUCCUUCAAUCUGCGGCUCCUAACUAACGCACUCACUCACGCCGAGACUCAAUUACUGCCCUCUCCCCUGCGUUAUUAUCUCCGGCAACCGGCCUCCAACCACAGCGUCACAUCUACAAGGAAAAGGAAGAGCAGAUAUUUAAAAUAACACUUGGGACAAAACAAGUAAAAAGGGAAUACGCACAAGUGUCCAAACUAAGUUUGCAGGGCAGUGAUGUCACAGAUCUGAAGACACUCUUGAACAGUAUGGAGUCCGGAGAGCAGCUGGCGUCGUCCUCCUCGUCUUCGUCGGCCUCGCCCUCCGCGCACGCGGCCUCCCGCUCCUCGGCCGUGUCUCCAGCUCCCCCCGCCGCCAAGAGCCCCCUGGUCUCCAGCCAAACCCCCCUGGGCUCCCCCCUCACCACCUGCGGGCAUCUGUUCCGGCAGGCCAGCGAUCAGACCUUCAGCAUGUCGGCCGUCUCAAGUGCCUUCCCCACCGUCAGUCACCCGGCCUUCGGCCUCUACACCACCAACGCGGGGCGCUCCGAGUUCGGGGGCCUGGGGACGCUGGGCGUCUCGGCGGCCUUGGCAGCUCACCCACAGCUGGGAGCGUUUCCAGAAUGGUGGCGAGCUGCUGAGGCCCAUGGGCGUGGUGCUGCCUCCUUCUUCCCAUCUCUCCUGGGCCUCCCCCCGAUGUUCGCGACCACCCUUCAGAACCACGAGUCCGACCCCUACCAGACCCGGACAACCAGCAAGAACGGGCAAGGCCCUCAGAAAGGGGGGAACAGCGCGGUGAACGGAAACAGCGUCUCGGCCUCCUCUAGGGGGAGCUCUUCUAGCACCGUCUCCCCGGCGCUUGGCACCCCGGGGCAGGCGAAGGCUGCCAGCUCCAACAGCAGAGGGCGCAAGAGCAACCAGGACAACGGGAAAGCGCAAGACAAGCCGACUCAGAAAACUAAAGACAAGAAGCUCUGCAAGAAAGCAGCGGGGAGCUCCAGCAACAGCGAGAGCGAGUCCGGCUCCUCCUCGGACACUUCGAGCGACGGGGCCAGCAGCAGCGGCUCAGAAGACCUGGAGGAGGACGACGACGAUGACGAGGAGGACCAGAGCAACGAGAGCGAAGACUCGGACUCAGACGGCGAGGCUCGGGGGAGCAGGAAGGAGAAGGUGGUGACGCAGGGGGCGGGCGAGAGGAGGAAGGAUUGUCCAAAAUCUGCGGAGGACCAGGAGUCCAGGGAGAGGAAGAGCAGCCAGCCCCAGAGUUUCCCCACCGAGCCGCCUGUCCUGUCCCGCUGCCCAUCCCAGCCCUCCCCGCAGGGCACCAAGCCCAGGGACGAGGCCACACCCCACCUCAGUGUCAUCCAAUCCACAGGGCUGGUGCCAGUCACCAAGCCGCCGCCCACCCAGCCAGGCGGGGAGGGCUCCCCCAAGGCCCCGCCCCCCUCGGCAAAGCCUCUCUCCCUGUGCCCCUCGCCCAAUCCCCUCCCCCUCUCCCUCUCGCCCUCGCCCAAACCGCCUUCCCUCUCCCCCGUUGCCAAACCCAAAUCUCUGGCCCCCUCCCCCAAACCCCUGGUGCUCUCGACCCUGCCAGACGAGCCUCUCUCACACAUCAGCGAUUUCAGACUGAAGCCGCCCUUCCUACCCCAGGAGAAGUUCCAGCAGGCCUUCCCUCUGCAGCUGAAGAGGCCCCAGGAAUCGCCCAAAGCCCACAAGAAGGCAGCAUUGUCAUCGCUACCCCCUCCCAAACUGUACCCUGAGGCCCCCCACAACAACCACGUGCACCCCUUCCUCCUGGGGUACCGCCCCCCCAACGGCGUCAUCCAAAGCAUGGUCCAGGACGCCCCGCUGGCCCUCAUCACCAAACCGCGCGGUCAGGCCAGAACCCCGGACAAGCCCCCCCUGCUGGUCCCCGGGCCCACCCCCGCCUCCUCCGCCCCGGUCAACCUGAGCACGGGGAGCCGGAGCCUCUCAGCCUCGUCUACCUCACCCACCCCGCCCCGGCGGAGCAGGAUGCCCAAGGCCACGCCCCCUGGGAAAGCCACGCCCCCUGUCAAGGCCACCUCCCAGAGCCACCUGGCGCGGUCUCUGGUGGACCUGUUCCGCGGCGCCGAGUCCGACAUCCCCGGCAGCAGGCACUCGGACGACUCGAUCGAGGAAGAGGAUGAUGAGGACGAGGAAGAGGAGGACGAGGAUUCUGAUGACAGCCUCUCAGAGUCCGAGAGCAACUUGGAGAGCGACUCGGACAUCUCCGAGGACGACGUGAAGGACGGGGACGGGACGGGGACGGACACGGACGGCGAGAGGACGCCCCCAAAGCUGACCAAAUCCACCUCCCUGCUGAAUACCUCCUCCGGCCUCUCGCCCAGCUGCUCCCCCCUCAACCUCAUGAAGACACCGGGCCCCGCCUCCUCCGCCGCGGUGACCAGCUCGGGCUCCCUGGCCUAUCACAGCGCUCCUUCCUCAUCCUACGCUCUCUGCACGCCUCCAGGUGCCGGGAAGAGAAAGAGAGAGCUGGACGAGCGGGAGCUGAGGUUACCUCUGCAGUUUGGGUGGCAGAGAGAGACACGCAUCAGGAACCUCGGGGGGCGGCUGCAGGGCAACGUGGCGUACUACGCCCCCUCUGGGAAGAAGCUGCGCCAGUACCCGGACGUAGUGAAGUAUCUGUCCAGAAAUGGAAUAAGUGACCUCACGCGCGAUAAUUUUAGCUUCAGUGCAAAAAUAAGGGUUGGUGACUUCUAUGAAGCCAGAGAUGGACCGCAGGGUGUGCAGUGGAGUCUGUUGCGGGAGGAGGAGGUCAUACCUCGUCUCCUGGCGAUGGAGGUGCGGCGGGGGCGUCCCCCGAACUCGGAGCGGCAGCAGUCGGGCGACGACUCCUCCCCCCGCGGCCGCCGCAGGAAGGGCCGGCCCCCCAACGUGGGGGAGGGUGAGCUCCCCAGCACCGCCAGUGCCAAGCUCCUCCGCAAACUGGAAGCCCAAGAAAUAGCCCGGCAGGCGGCUGAGAUUAAGCUGAUGCGGAAGCUGGAGCGUCAGGCCCUGGCGCGAGCCGCCAAAGAGGCGAGGAAGCAGCAAGCCAUCAUGGCCGCUGAGGAGAAGAGGAAGCAGAAGGAACAGAUCAAGAUUCUGAAACAGCAGGAGAAGAUCAAGCGCAUUCAGCAAAUCCGAAUGGAGAAGGAGCUCAGAGCCCAGCAGAUUCUGGAGGCCAAGAGGAAGAAGAAGGAAGAAGCCGCAAAUGCCAAAAUUUUAGAAGCUGAGAAACGGAUAAAGGAGAAGGAGAUGCGCAGACAGCAGGCUGUCAUUCUGAAGCACCAGGAGUUGGAGAGGCAUAGACUAGAUAUGGUAUGGGAGCGGGAGAGGCGCAGGCAGCACAUGAUGCUGAUGAAGGCGAUGGAGGCGAGGAAGAAGGCCGAGGAGAGAGAGCGGUUGAAGCAGGAGAAGAGGGACGAGAAGCGGCUGAACAAGGAGAGGAAGCUGGAGCUGAAAAGGCUGGAGGUGGAGAUCGCCAGGGAGAUGAAGAAGCCGAACGAAGACAUGUGCUUGGCCGACCACAAGCCUCUGCCGGAGCUGUCCCGGGUGACGGGGCUGGUGCUGCCGGACGGCAGCUUCUCGGACUGUCUGAUGGUGAUGCAGUUCCUGCGAAGCUUCGGGAAGGUGCUGGGCUUCGACGUGAGCGUGGACGUGCCCAGCCUGGGCGUGCUGCAGGAGGGCCUGCUCAACGUGGGAGAGAGCAUGGGCGAGGUGCAGGACCUGCUGGUGCGCAUGCUGUCCGCGGUGGUGUGCGACCCGGGGCUGCCGCCCGUACACAGGACAAAGACAGCGCUGGGCGACCACCUGACCAACGUGGGCAUAAACCGGGACAACGUGUCGGAGAUCCUGCAGAUCUACAUGGAGGCGCACUGCGGGGGCACGGAGCUGGCCGAGCUGACGGAGAGCCUGAAGACCAAGGCCUUCCAGGCCCACACGCCUGGCCAGAAGGCCUCCAUCCUGGCCUUCCUGGUCAACGAGCUGGCCUGCAGCAAGAGCGUGGUCAGUGAGAUUGACAAAAACAUUGAUCACAUGACCAAUUUGAGGCGGGACAAGUGGACGAUUGAAGGCAAGCUGCGCAAGCUGAGGAGCGUUCACGCCAAGAGGACGGGCAAGAGGGACACAGGCGUGGCGGGCGAGGAGACACAGGCGCUGGGCACGCCCGCUUCCGGGCGUAAACGCAAGAGGAAAGGAGGGGACAGCGACGAGGAUGAGGACGAGGACAGUGACGAGCAGGGUGAUGAAGACGAGGAUGAGGAGGAAGAGGCAGUGAAACGGGGGAAGAAGGGAGACGCGUGCGAGGAUGAGGAUGAGGGAGACCAGGCGGCCAGUGUGGAGGAGCUGGAGAAGCAGAUAGAGAAGAUGACCAAGCAACAGAGCCAGAUCCGCCGCAAGCUGUUCGAGGCGUCCCACUCUCUGCGCUCCAUGCCGUUUGGCCAGGACCGCUACAAGCGCCGCUUCUGGGUGCUGCCGCAGUGCGGGGGCGUGUUCGUGGAGGGGAUGGAGAACGCCGAAGGUCCGGAGGAGGCGGAGAAAGAGAGGGAGAGAGGGAGGAGCGCGGAGGCGGUGCAGGUAAAGGAGGAGGUCCCCGAGGAGAAUAUGGAUAUCAGCCUGGACGUGAGCGUCGAGGGCGAGGCGGGGGCUCCCGACGAGGCCAAAGAGAAGGACCCCCCGAAUCUGUUCCUGCAGAAGCCAGGAUCUUUCUCCAAGCUCAGCCAGCUGCUGGAGGUGGCCAAAAUGUCCCCCGAGCAGGACGGGCAGCCUCAGAAGCAGAAUGGUGGAUCGGCCGCGGCAUCGCCCCCGGCGACGUCCCCCGCCCCCCACGGCGACUCCCAGACUCCGUUACCCAGCAGCCCCCAGCCCGCCCCCACACAGCCGGGUGUUGGUGCCACGCCCGACCCCGCCGCCCCCCUCCCCGGCCUCCCGCCGCUGUUCCCCGGAGACCAGCUCCUCCGGGUGCUGACGGAGAAGAGUGGCCACUGGUUCAGCCUCCUGCCUCGCUCCCCCUGUGAUGACUCCUCCCUCACCUCCGCCCCCACCCCUCCGGCCGCCUCCCCAAACCCUGCCUCCGCCAGGCCCAAAUCCCCCUCCUCAUCCCCCACCCACCUGGCCACCUCUGCCUCGUCCAGCCCCCACAAUGCCAUGGGGCUCAAUAACUUUGCAUUAUCAGCUCUCCAGUUAAAGCCUGGUAUGAACUUAAUGGGUCUGCCGUUCUGCGGUUGGCCCAGCGGUUUGAUGAAUCCAAACCUGCCCUUCUCCGGUGGCUCUCUGACCCCUGUGCUGGGUUUGGGGUAUCCCUCAGUGGAGGGUAAUGGCAACCCUUUCCUGGCUCCGAGCAUCUCCACCAGCAAGAGCGAGUCCCCCGUGCCCCCCAGCGAGAAGCCCCCGUCUGCCGCCUCCCCUGCCGUGGAGGUGCCCAAACCCCAGGACUACCCCUCCCCCCAGCCCAUCCCGGAAGAGAUGCUGGUGGGCUGGUGGAAGGUGGCGGACGUGGAGGAGCUGAGGUCGCUGGUGAAAGCUCUGCACUGCAGGGGGGUCAGGGAGAAGGUCCUGCAGAAACAGAUCCAGAAAUACAUGGAGUACAUUGUCCAGGCCUGCGCCAAGAACAGAGACGCGUCGGCCAUCGAUGUGACAGACAUGGAGGAGAACCAGGUGACGGCAGAGACCGUGGAGAGCUGGUGUGUGGAGGAGCAGGCCAUGGAGAUGGACAUCGCUGUGCUGCAGCAGGUGGAGGAGCUGGAGAGGAAGGUGACCUCCGCCAGCCUGCAGGUCAAGGGGUGGAUCUAUCCGGAGCCUCAGUCAGAGAGGGAGGACCUGGUGUACCACGAGCACAAGCCGGUGACUAAGCAGGGCGUGGCCGGGGAGAGAGACGCCGGCCCCGAGCGGGAGGGGGCGGAGUCUGGCGGCGUGGCACGGCGCGUCAACAACCCGCUAGAUAUAGCAGUAACCAGGCUGGCUGAUCUGGAGAGGAACAUCGAGCGAAGGUAUCUGAAGACGCCCUUAGGUACCACCAUUCAGAUCAAACUGGAUAAUGUGGGCACAGUCACUGUGCCUGCGCCUGCACCAUCCAAUAGUGAGGAGGGGGAUGGGGGCGAGGAGGAGGCUGCCCCGGGGAUGAAGGUGUGGCGUAAGGCCCUGAGUGAGGUGCGCAGCUCCGCCCAGCUGGCCCUCUGUCUCCAGCAGCUGCAGAAGUCCAUCGCCUGGGAGAGGUCCAUCAUGAAAGUGUACUGCCAGAUCUGCCGGAAGGGCGACAACGAGGAGCUGCUGUUGCUGUGCGACGGGUGUGACAAAGGAUGCCACACCUACUGCCACAAACCCAGGAUCAGCAGCAUACCGGAGGGAGACUGGUUCUGCCCCGCCUGCAUAUCCAAGGCAAGCGGUCAAUCCCCGAAGAAUAAGAAGCAGCCGAACAAAACAGGAGCAGGAGGCACAGGAGGAGGCGCAGCGGGAGGUGCGGGAGGAGCGGCGGGAGGAGCGGCGGGAGGAAAGAAAAGCAGCGAUGCGAAACGGAGCAAGAAGCCGCCCGCGGUCGGGGAGGUCUCCGAGGACGACUCCGCGAGCGCGAGCGGCACGCCGAAAAAGGGGGCGAAGGAGGCCAAAAAGAAGAAGGGGGAGGAGUCACCAUCUGUGAACCCUCCCAGGCAGGAGAGCCCCGCCGGCGGCAAGACCACACCCCGAGACAACAGCAGGGACCUGGCGCUGUGCAGCACACUCCUCUCUGAGCUGGAGGGUCAUCAGGACGCCUGGCCCUUCCUCACCCCCGUCAACCCAAAAUCUGUCCCCGGCUACAAGAAAGUCAUCAAGAAGCCCAUGGACUUCUCCACCAUCCGCGAAAAACUUUGUUGCAAUCACUACCAGAACCUGGAGACGUUCAUCAUCGAUGUCAACUUAGUCUUUGAUAACUGCGAGAAAUUUAACGAGGACAAUUCCGACAUUGGGCGGGCGGGCCACAACAUGAGGAAGUUUUUCGAGAAAAGGUGGACUGACCUCCUGAAGACGAGCUAAGCCUGCCUGCGUGUCACCCGUGCUGCCCGGGACCAGCCGUCUGCAUUUCACUGAGAACAGAGCACUUGAGGAAAGCAUUGUACUCCAAAUUUCCAAGGCAUGAGGUUCAAAUCCCUCCCCAGGAACCAAGGCUACUAAAAAAAAAAACAGUUACUUAAACUGACGUACAAAGCCAAUCUGGCUUGAACAGGGAAACAAAUACACCCAAAGAAUUUCAGACAAGGGUGACUUAGUGCAAUACAUUUUCUGAUAAGAAAUCGCACUGAAUU